AGCCGCAGGGCACUGGGGCGGAGACCCCCUGGGCGUGUCGCACGGUCUGUUGUACGUGUGGAUCUCUGAAGAUUCUACCGGGCAUUUGCGGAAGAAGCCGUCCCAUGACAGAUGGAUAAUCUUGGGGGACUCCAGGGAAAUAUGACGCAAGGGGGCCCAGGUGCAUGCGUACGUUGGGGCGCUAGUGUUAACUAGUGUGCAUUUUGCAGCUUCAAGGCGGAGAAGCACUUGGGUUUUCUAAAUUCUUCCAAUGGGGCGGGAAAGAUUUAGGAGUAGCGGAAGGUAUGCUGCUGGAUCCGAAGCUUCCCUUCAUGCAGCUUUGGUGUCUACUUCUCUCAGGCACUCACAUCAGCCGGAACCUCAGUGUCGCUUUACCUGUGUAGGAAGAGAAAAACAGAGGGACCUACAGAGGAAAUCGGGGAUUCGGUCUGGAUAAGGAGCAGGACCUGCAGAAGUUCUUCCGGGGCGCUGGUUGGCCUCAGGUAGGAUUGACUGCUGAGGAUCACACUUUCUCUUGUCAUGGCUUUGACUCACAUGUGGAUACACAGCACUUCUGUUCUCAGCAAGUGUCUGAAACCCCAUGUUGCUCCAUGUUUGCUCUGGGGCUUUCACUUUGCAGACUACUGCUCCAGCAGCCUUCAAAAAUCAGUGACUCUUUCUGGCAAAGCCCCCUCUCAGGGGAAGACAGAAGAAAACUUGCAAGGACAUCACCAAAGAGAAGUUGCUUUGGAUAUAAUGUCUCCUGAGGAGAAGCCUGAAAUCAGCUUUGAUAAAGCAAUCAUAGAUGAAAUCAAGGACCAUUUUCGCCGUUUGAAGGUUGAUAUUGUCAAUCACUGGAUCGGUCCUGAAGGCCGCCCUCUGCAUGAAGUCUUGUUGGAACAGGCCAAGGUUGUAUGGCAGUUCCGUGGAAAGGAAGAUUUAGACAAGUGGAUGGUGACUUCAGAUAAGACAAUUGGAGGUAGAAGUGAAGUGUUCCUGAAAAUGGGCAAGAAUAACCAGAGUGCACUGCUGUAUGGGACCCUGAGCUCUGAGCCACCUCAGGAUGGGGAGAACAGCAGCAGUGGGUACUGUGCGAUGAUAUCCAGGAUCCCCAGGGGCCCUUUUGAGAGGAAGAGAUCUUUUGAUUGGUCCCAGUUCAACACUCUCUAUCUUCGUGUUCGUGGAGAUGGUCGGCCUUGGAUGGUGAAUAUCAAGGAGGACACAGAUCUAAUCCAGAAAAAGAACCAGAUGUACAGUUACUUUUUGUUCACCCGUGGUGGACCCUACUGGCAGGAAGUCAAGAUUCCUUUCUCCAAAUUCUUCUUCUCUAAUCAAGGAAGAAUCCGGGAUGUUCAGUCCCAGCUUCUGCUUGAUAAGAUCUCUUCUAUUGGAUUCACUCUGGCUGAUAAAGUAGAUGGUCCAUUCUUCUUGGAGAUUGAUUUUAUUGGAGUGUUUAAUGAUCCAGCCCACGUGGAAGAAUUUGCAUACGAAAAUUCUCCAGAGCUUAACCCAAGACUUUUUAAGUAGAGAUCAAGUGGAAGUUUUGCAUAUAUUGGUAAAAACAUCAACAGUGACACAAACAAAAUAAAGUAUUUCUUUAAUGGUA